UGAGGAGGGACAGGCGGUAAGUAGGGACCCCGGGUCCUCUAGUUUAGACAUCACUGAGCGACGGAUGGACAGCCAGUCAGACCCGUCACAGCACUCGUCGGAGUACUCGGAAACCACGGGAAAAGCCGGGAAGGAGUCCUUGGCUUUGGAGCGGCUCCAAAGAAGAGCCAAUAAUUAGCACUCCACUAAUAUACCGGGCACAUGAACAUUUCUAAGAGCGUUUUCACGAUACGUUAUGAUCGUUCGAGACGAUCACGAUGGAUUCAACGAUUUUCAAAAGUUAAUUGGACAGUGUACAACAACAAGACGAGAUCGUGCUAUCGCGAAGAUCGUGAUUCGCGGUGAAGAUAACGAUAUGAACGAUGUAUUCGACAUAUUGGUGACACGUGAAUGUAGUGUUUACUAGCAAGACUUACAUUUGUUGUCAAUGAUUUAGAGAUUUGAUACGUGCCUCUGAUAGAUCAUUGAUACACUGAUUUCGAUAAAGACAGCUUUUAUUGACAACAGUGGAUAGUGGACAUGUGCUCCAUUUUCAAUAUGGCCACGAGGGAUUAACAUCACUAAUAACGUCAUCUUUGUCUCACUGAAUGAAAACACUUUCACACAAAAAAUGAGCGUAGCUCUUGUGACUAUGGAUUCCGCGUACGGUGUUUCGAUGCGAUUGGGUGUCACUAGCCACUCUCAUCUCCAUCACAGCAUGCUAUCGCCGGAGAGUCACGUAGUGGCGCAUCAAGAUCAUCAGCCGGAUCACCAGCAAGAGCCUCGGUUGUCGGCUUUCAGUGUCGUCGACAUUCUCAGACCGGAUUUUGGACGCAAAGCUGUUCUCAGCACAAAAGCUGCGAAACAAUCUCCACUGUCCGGUUUUAUUGGCAAUAUUGCGGUGCAGCCUCCGCAACACAGUCCGCUUUCACUUCCCCGCGAUCUCAGUCUGUCGUCCACGCGACUAUCGCCCUCUUCACCAUCGUCAACGAAUUAUUCGAUCCACAGAGAAAGAGACACUUUCUCGUCACACAGCAGUGUAGCGUCACCUGUGCAAAGACACAACGGACUGAGCAGGAGCGGAAGUUUAGAAAGCCUAGCAUCCACCAGGAGCACGGCCACCAACAGUUCCGUUACUAACACACCUCCCUUAUGUUCGACUUCAUUCACGGUCAACGGCGAUUCUUUGAACAAUGAAAGCAGCACACCCGCUGGUGCCGGUAGCACUUCGGCAGGUCAACAAAGCGGCACUAGUGGUCAACAAAGUCUAUGGCCCGCGUGGGUAUACUGCACCAGAUAUUCAGAUCGACCUUCUUCAGGACCGCGCACAAGGAGAGUGAAACGUUCGCAGAACGGGAAGAACAACUCUCCGGAAGAGAAGAGACCCAGAACGGCAUUCAGCGCGGAGCAGCUUGCCAGGUUGAAGCGAGAAUUCUCGGAGAAUCGAUACUUGACGGAGAGAAGACGGCAGCAGCUCUCGAGAGAUUUAGGUCUAAACGAGGCGCAGAUCAAGAUCUGGUUUCAGAACAAGCGGGCAAAGAUCAAGAAGGCGAGCGGACAGAAAAAUCCUCUGGCUCUUCAAUUGAUGGCGCAAGGUCUUUACAAUCAUUCCACCGUGCCGGUGGACGAGGACGGCGAGGAGAUCGUAACCGGAAGAAAUCAUUAAACUCGCGUUAAUUCAAGUGGGAGCGAUAAAGAGUCGAAAACUGAGACGUGUUUCUUCCGCUAUUCUCUCCCGGUGGUAGUCUUUCAGAAAAACUUGUUGCUAGUGUUGAGCACUGCGAUAUAAUAAAGAUAGAAUUAAAUGUUAUAUUAUUUAUAAGAAGAUUUCGAGUUUAAUUAUCAUCAUCAGAUGAUCGACAGUUGAAGACUGAAGGUGUGAAACGGAAUGUAAUUUCCUAAGUGCAAUCAAAGUGUGUUAUAUAAAUUUAAGAAUUAGACAGAUACAUACGUAUUAAGCCGAUCUAUAUUCUUUGCAAAUAUUAAUAAUAUGUAAAAACAAAAUUGAAGGAAUGCCUGUAUCGAUGUAAUUUUACGCGUGUAAGAAAAAUUAUAGGUAUUUGUUGAGAAUCGCGUAAACUUUUGUUUCCCAAUCGGUUCUGUGGUCAAAUUAGUAGAUUAGUUGAAAAAACAAGUCCGCGUGUGAAAAAGCUACGCUAAGUGAUGUGUUAGUGUUCAUGUUAUUCAAUAGUUUUUCUAGAGAUUAUGCGAUAAACGUUAUUUAUUACUACUAUCUCGAAAACAGAAGUACUUGCUUAUAGGGUAUUAUUAAGUUGUAAUUCUUUUCUUAUCUGGUCACGUAACGCACUUCCGAACUAUUAGCGUACAAUCGCAAAAAAACUUAUUCGCGAACUUGUUUUUUUUUUUCGAGAAUAUAUCGUGCGUUGACUGAGAUUUGCACAUUUAUUUGAUUUACCUAACGCGUAUACCAUCUCUGUAAAAUCUCCUCUCAAUUAAAUUAUUUAUUUUGUUGUACAUAAUCUGUAAAUACAGCGAUAGAGUGUGCAUAUGUGUAAGAUUAGUCGAGAGGAGGGCAGGUUACUUGUACGAUGGAAUGAUCUCUUACAUUGUAUAUUUCUCGUAUGCGCGAAACUAGAUAUAGAAAACAUACGUUAUACAGAAAUCAUAGAUUGCCAUAAAAAAAAGCACGUAUGUAAGCGCGUAUAUACAUUGCAGCGUUUUCCGCAAUAAGUGAUUAUAUUAUUCCGUGUAAUCUCUGCUUAUUACAGUUUUUGCCGAUUAUAAAAGUAAACAAAGAAAACUUCUUUCUUCUACACA